AUGCAGGCCACAGCUCCGAGAAUGUGGGUCCACGAGAUCAACCCUUACUCAGAUGGUACCGGCGCCGACUGCUACAAGCCCAAUACCACGCCAUGCGAUCAGUACAUCUGCGAGAAGAUCAGCGACAAACUCCUCUCAGAUCGCGAAUUGAACAUACAAUUCGAAAGCGGACAUCCAAAAACCAUACCGAGCCUUCAAGCCGGCUAUAGCGCGUACGAGAGACAGCGGCGAAACAAUGGCGGAGUGGACAGAUGGAUAUAUGGACAUCCUAAUGGGUCUUUUGACUCUGUCUCUCAAUACUACCAGCACUUCAAGUAUUGUCUGCUGCACGGCACUGCGAAUGGCUGCGGAUGCUAUAGGUGCUCGCCAGGCUCACGGACGAAUUCGUACGCUUGGCCUCAGAGCUUCAAUACCUCAUUCAACCUCCCGAUUGCUUCUAUAUCCGCUGGGCAAGUGCAAAGCCUUCGCGUGGCUCCUGCAGCGCCUUCUACUACAGCAGCAAACAAUGGAACCUCACUCGCAAGCGAUCGGCCGCAGCAAGCAUUGUUGGGGCCCCAAGAGUGGCCAGUCAAUCUAACGUCCAAUGCAACAGAAGAAGACGUGGGCGGAGACGCACAAGCGGCAGCAGGUCCACUGCCCCCCAACUCUGGGAUCCAGUACCACCCGGGUCCAGACCCAAUGAUUCGUUCAAAUGGAUCUAUCGACUGGACGAAUAGACCGAUUCUCCUGGAUCCAUCUAUUCAACAGCGUCCUACGCAGUACGUCGAUCCUGCUUGGGAGGCAGCAAUGCUCGAUCAGUUGCAUCAGUACGUGAAUCCAGAGCAGUACCAGGGAGAGCGAAAUGCCAUCCAUAUGGCUGCACCGCGUGGCAAUACUGGUCCGUUGGCGCAAAUCUUCUGUGAGAACGGAGAACUUAUUCCUUGGUGCGACGCCUGCUACAGUCGUCACUACCCUGAGAUGGCUUGUGUCUGGGGGUAUAGAAGAAUGGGCGAAUGA